AUGGCGGCAUCUAACGACGUCGCGCCAGCGAGUUUCACCAAGACCCAGCUGACGCUCUACGCGCCGCCCGACAGGCAGCACGAGCGCGUGCUGCACCUGGGCCCGCCCGGCAGCAGCAGCAGCGGCCGCCGCGGCAGCGGGUCGACGGACAUACACGUGCAGGAGAUCGGCGACCCCGACGAGCAGGCGGAGGGGUCCAUCGCAAUGCAGCGGGAGAAGUCGCUCUACGGCAGCAACGCUGCUGGCACCAGCCAAGGAGCCAGGGGUGGUGGAAGCGGCGGCGGAAGCAGUGGGAGUGUUGCGGGUCCGGGCAGCAACGCUAGCAGCAGCACCACGGGCGGCUGUGGCUGUCCACUGGAGUGA